AUGUGGAAAACACAGUGUUUGCUGUUAUAUAUAACGCUCUCAAUCGGUUGCGUUUAUUCGUGGGAUAUUGCAAUCACCACGGGAGAUCAAAUAGAAUUCUAUAGCAAUCAAACUAAAACAAGCAAUGAAGGCGUCCGGUUUCGAGACCUCACAGCUUUGGCUUACGAUGCUGUUUAUAAUAUGCUGCUCUUUGUGGAUAGACAGAACGAUAAUGCUUCUAUAUUUAGCUACAACUUAGCAACAAAGAAAUAUCAACCAUUGGUUAGACGAAGGUCUUAUGAAAAUAUCCAAGGAUUAGCGUUUGAUCCAAUUACAAGUAAGCUUUUCUGGACGGACACUAAUGAGAAGAGCAUAUUUUGGAUAUCGUUGAAGCCUGGAUCAAAAAAUGAUAUUUAUGGCAAUCUUUUAAUCAAAAUGGAUGAUGAAAUUCCACGAGCGAUAGCCGUUGACAGCUGUAGAGGAUAUAUCUAUUGGACGAACACAAAUAUUACAAAGCCAACUAUUGAAAGAGCACGUUUCGAUGGUACAGAGAGAACUGUUAUCGUCAACACAGAUAUAUACAUGUUGGUCAGCAUUGCGGUGGAUCAAAACGCCAAAAAGCUGUACUGGGCAGAUGAUAGAGAAGGAAUUCAUUAUUCUAUAGAAAGUUCCGAUUUGGACGGAAAAAAUAGAAAGAAAUUGGUUGUUGGAACAUAUCAUAUGCCUAACGCAGUAACUGUGUCUAAAGAUUCAAUAUACUGGGUUGAUUGGGGUUAUAAAUCAGUAUGGAAACUACCUAAAAACCCUCCACCAAAUGCCGAACCCGAGGAGCUGAUUACCUUCUCCAAUGAGGUUCCGUUUGGAAUUGUCGCUAAUUACCAAAUAGCAGAUCAAACUGCUGGUGUGUCAGAAUGCAAGGAUCUGUCGCGAAUGUCGCAGAAUCGAUCGACGAUCAACGAUUCGUUCAACAUUCCGAGGGACUUGGGCUUGUUCUGCUUGCACGGUACGAAAACAGAUGGAAAACUGGUUUGCAAGUGUUCACCCGGAUACAUAGGAGAACGCUGUGAGAUUUCUGUCUGCCACAACUUCUGUCUUCAUGGCGAUUGCAAUUCGACGCCAACUGGACAACCUCAAUGCAAAUGUAAAACAGGCUUCACCGGGGCGAGAUGCGAGGUUAAUGUAUGUGACGGUUACUGUUUGAACAAUGGCGACUGCCUAAUAGGGCUUGAGCAGAAGCCCACUUGCACAUGUCAUGGCGAAUACGAAGGGGAUAGGUGUGAGACUCGUAAAAUAAAAACAGUUGUAACAACGACGCCUGCAUUACCUUUGGAAAAUUGCAACUGUUCCAGAGAACUAAACAUAAGCUCGUUAUUAAUGAAACAAAAGCCAGAAGAUUCGAGUACAUCGACCGAUGAAGGCGUUUACAUUGACUCUAGCAACUGUAAUGAUACUUGGGACCCUAUUAGAGACCCCAUUAUUAUGGUACUUGGCACCAUGGCCGGGUUGUUAUUUGUCGCCUGUGCAGUACUUCUUACUAAGAUUCUACAGCUGAAGAGAAGGCCAAGAAUCAAGAAACGUAUCAUAGUCAACAAGAACGUAACCCCGCUGACGGCGCGGCCCGAUCAGUGCGAGAUCACUAUUGAGAACUGCUGCAACAUGAACAUCUGCGAAACGCCUUGUUUCGAGCCCAGAAACACAAUUAGACCAACACUACUCGACGCGAAACCAGGGAAGGAAGAGAAGAGAAAUCUAAUAGCAAACAUGGAGAACCCAGAUGACCCGUACUAA